CCCGAACUGUCAAUAAUCGGGAAGGACUUGUGGAAUAAAAGCACAGGAGGUUUAAUUUAACUCACAACAGUUGGCCGGUGUGGGACAAGACGUAGUCACUGCCUUACCAUUGUCAUGCCGUGCAUGGUGAGAGGGAUAACUGACUUUCGAGCUUUGUUUUACGGGUGAGGAGAGUCUAGCCGUAGAACAGGAAACGUAUACCGGAGAGAGGCACCCUGUGACAGGCGCAGAGACGCUCUCCAAGAAAUGGCCCUCACUCACCGUCUGGUUUCAUGUAGUCCUCUGUUGUCACUGCUGCGCUUCUGGCUGUUAAUGUCCGCGAGAGCGCUACAAAUGACUGAGAAAGACGCACCUGAAAUCACCUGUACUGAGGGUUUAAAGGACUGCCUCGUGAGCUCAGGGAGCAACACGAUCAACACAGAAUGUCGUCCCCUGCCCGAUAUAGAUGAUACAGUGAACAUUACACAUUUGCAGCUUAAAGCGAUUCUCUGCUGUUCAGCGGCACACGACUGUGAACCCUGCCUGCAAAUCAUUAUCACAGUCCAAGAAGUGGAUAAGGCAAAGGAUGUUUCUGAGGAGUCUGGUGAACACGAUAAUGAUGACUUGUUUGUCACAAAUCAAAUGGCAGAGGGAAGUGGUCAGUUUGGGCGUCCUGAGCCAGAAGUUUUGAAGGUGAAAGUGUAUUUCAGCUCCCCAGGCUCCGUUGAAUUUUGCAAGACACUCUUCUUUAAGCCAAGCUAUUCCGGUUUAGAUCAAGCGUCUCGACCACACACAGACAAGCUGCGGUUGACAGAGAAGAAAGUGACGUUCGGCAGUCUUGUUAAGGUCAGCGUCUACAGACAUUCAGAUGCGACAGACCUCUUUCAAAAUAUCACAAUCCCAUCUUUAAAUGAAGUUUGCUACAUCAACCCAAUGGGGGCUGAAAAGUACUGUGAUGCUCCCAGACUCCGAGCUGUGACUGAUUAUGAGAAAAAUGUGGUCCUUCUUCAACUGGAAAACACUGAUGUCAGACAAGAUGAACCCAUGUGCUUGAUGGUUUGGAAUGAAACGUCUGGAGGGCAACUUACAUGGCCCAAAGGCAAGAGAGAAAUGGAAAUUUCAUCAAACUUUGUUGCACCAUGCCUGUGCUUCCAGAUGCGGUGGCAGAAAAAGAAGAUCCGACGAGAAUCAUGCCCCUUCAAAAACCAAAAAGAUGCAUUGGAAAGAAUGCAGCACAACGUUUCUGUGUCUAUGGUGGAGUCUCAGAUGAGGGAGGGUGGCACAAGGCUGAGCUGGAAUGUGACUGCCCCCUGUAGCCUGGAGGCAGAGGUGUGGCUGUGCAAGAAAGACCUGAUAGGAGCUGAGUGUGAAGAGGUAUCAGGCUCCAGGCAGAAACUGCACAACUCUGGCUGGAGUUCAACACGCAACGGACAUUGGGUUACUUUUCAGAAAACAGGAGAGUUCACUGUGUCGUCACAUCCUCUGCUUUGUGUUCAGAUAAAGAUACAUGGGAUGGAGUCAUACUCGGAGCCCCUGUGUCCAUUUGCAAAAUCUCGAUUGAGAUGGAGCCUGCCACUUGUCAUCGGACUCCUACUGAUGUGUUUGGCUGUACUGGGAGCCUAUUUUGUACAAGGGGUCCUAAAAGGCCAUGUGUGGAGAUGGCUGAAAGAAGAUGAUGUUAAAGGUGCUGUGGGUGGUGGUCAUGUGGUGUUGCUGUACCCACCUGGUGACGACCUGGCCUUGCCAGAGCUGAUGAAUCACCUGGGCACAUCCCUCCAAGCCCUGGGCUUCAGCGUGUCUCUAGACCUGUGGAGCCAGGCUGAGCUCAGCAUACUGGGCCCUGUGCCUUGGCUCCACUCAAGACUAAACAGACUGCAAAAGCAGGGCGGCAAAGUGGUGCUAGUCCUAACCCAGGCUGCCUGGAUAAGGGCGGAAGAAUGGGGAGCUCAAAGUUGCGAGAAAAACACUCCUAGAGACAUGAUGAAAAAGGAGGCAGGAGGAAGCUACAUUGCCUCUUCUCCCUGUGCAGAUGUGUUUACAGCUUCAUUGAGCUGUGUUCUAGCAGACUAUUUACAGGGCCGCGCUGGUGAGCGGUUUCUGUUAGUGCAGUUUGAAUCACUUCCACCUGAGCCUCCAGGUGGUUUCCGGCCUCUGCCAGAACUUUUCCGCGGCCUUCACGUCUACAGCCUCCCCUCCCAAAGCCUGGGUUUUCUGACUGAACUGGCUGGGGCUCGGCAAAUGGCUACAGCGUCAGCAAGAAGGAAAAGAGCAGGGGGGCUCAGAAUGGCAUCCCGAGCUCUGGCACGAGGGCUGUCAGGGUUCACAGCGGGGACUUCUGUACUGCGCCUUGCAGGAGUAACCCAGAGUUGUGUUGGGGUGGGAGGCGAAGACUCUGGGGAAACAGUGCCCUUGCAGCCAUGUCUUCUUACGCCUCCCUCCAGCCCUGACACAAACCCCAAGAUCAAGGAAAUGGACUGGGUCUGAGAGCAGGAGUGUAUGCUUUGGUUUUGGGAUGAGCCGCCAAUAAGAAGUUGAAGUGAUUCUCUGGGAGAUGUUCAGAUAUAUGAAAAUCAGUCUGCAGCUUUUGCAUUUGCUCAUCUAAAACAUAUGAGUUCAAGUGGCUGUUAAAGAGGGUGAAGUGUUUUAUGUUUCUGGCAGCGAAAACAGUUGUUUCUUUUUCAUGUAAAAACUGGGUUGUUACAGCUUCAGACCUUGCUGCUCCAGAGAAAUAAAUGUGCACAUUAAUACCUCACACUACUUCUAAAAAGUAAAUUCAAGAAGAAAAAUACAUCAAUUGAUACACAGUUUGAUCACAAAUAGGGUGCAACAAAAUGCCUUUAGUAAAAUUACACUACAAUGCAAAACACGAAUAUCAAUAAAGCAGAUUUUUCCAUUGUUUUGUCCUGACACUAGUACAUUGUUUAUUUAAGCCGUUACUCAGUUUUAAACCAAGACAGUGUGUAUUAGACGUAUUUACUAUGAUUUGACAUUCUGCAUGUACAUAUAUUGCAUGUGAAAUCCCUAACGGACAUGAAGAAAAUACCAUAUAAAAACAAGCAAUUUCCCUUCUGUAUGUUUGCACAAGUAGCCUAUAUUCACUUGUUUUUUCCAGGCAUGGUGAAUUGUUUUAUACUGUGUUUUUUUCUCAAAGUGGGGAUGAAUAAAGAAUCUGAAUCAUGUGGU